AUGGCUCCAAAUCGUCCCACGUCGUCCGUGGACGAGUCUGUUGAAGAAAUCCAGCCUUUUCCUGACCACCCAGAUGAACUCACCCAUAGAAAACAACAUACCGAGGCUCCCCAGGUGGAUGCCAAUGAGACUACGGGAACCAAGGAUAAAAUGGGCACAAACGAUGCUGGAAACAAAUCAAGCGAUCACUAUAAAUCUAGGCUUUCGUCAAUUCGGUAUAAUAUCAGGUCUCUUUGUCUUCCCAUCGUGAGGAAGGAGACUGAGGUGCUUGCCAAUAUCCAGCUGAAGGUCCGUGGACCGUGGCUCGACUACUACUUUGCGUGGACUGCCAACUUGGCUUCACAUACGUUUUACGUGCUAAUGCUUCCCGUGCCGAUUUGGUUUGGCAUGGGCAUGUUGAGCAGAGACUUGGUAGCGGUGUUGGGCUACGGCAUCUAUGUGUCUGGCUUCUUUAAAGACUUUCUAUGCUUGCCUAGACCACGUUCUCCUCCAUUGCACAGAAUCACCAUGUCGUCAUAUACGACCCAGGAGUACGGCUGGCCGCUGUCUCACCUGGCUAACGCUACUGCGGUGACGCUUAUAUUAUUUGCCAAGUUAUGGGACUAUAUGGACCUGUUCCUGACACUCCAGGUGGUGUCCUUGUCGGCGUUGCUUUUGCUAUAUUACUUUUCGCUUAUCGUUGGAAGAUUGUACUGUGGCAUGCACGGCUUCUUUGAUAUUUUGACUGGUGCUGCCAUUGGCGCUAGUCUUUUUGCGUUUAGACGUUACCUUGCUCCUGCUUACGAUACAUGGCUUUUGCUUUCGUCUAGGAAUGAUACCGUAAUUGGUAUUAUUGGGACUGUGAUUCUUAUUGUCCUUGGGCACUUGUACCUUAUUCAUAUUUAUCCAGAGCCUGUGGACGAUUGUCCUUGUUUUGACGACUCUGUGGCUUUCGUGGGUGUUCUCAUCGGCCUUGAUCUAAGUCAUCUUUUCUUUAUCGUCACUGAAAGAAUUGCCCCUGGAACUGACUUGAAUACUAUUCUUUCCAUUCCUUGGUCUUUCGAGAAACAUGGCGUUUUCCUUAGUGCCCUUCGAAUGGCCUUGGGCAUUAUUCUUGUGGUUAUUUGGAAAGCUAUCUCAAAGCCAGUGCUCUUCACCAUCUUGCCGCCAUUAUACAAGUUCUUGGGUAUUUACUUGCCCCGCAAACAGUACAUGCCUACAGCUCACUCACACAAGACAUCCAGACAGAUCCGUUCCCAGUCUCUUUCGAACAUGGUUAACGAACCAUUGAUGGAUGUGAACAAGGCCCUUAAAUCAGUUAGAGAAGGCGACCUGGACAAUGUGGGUCCUACAGAUGACAUCGAUGCCUAUGAACUUCUUGACUACGGAAAGAGCCACCCCUCUGAACCAAAGGUUGAAGUCAGUAUCAGUGGAGUUUUCAGACCAAGGUAUGAUGUGGAAAUCAUUGGCCGUACUAUUGUGUACGCCGGAAUCCCAAUCAUGGCUACAUGGGGCUUCAUAACUGCUACUGAAAUCUUCAAGGUGAAUUAA